UCUCUCUCUCUCUCUCCAAGGACAUUGUCACUAUUCACUGCACCGAAUACACCUAUUUCGCGGGGUUUUCCUCGCUCUAUACAUACAGAUACAGGUUGUAUCUACCUCUCUGUAAGAGUGUUCCUCCUGUAAGCUAAUACUUUUUCUUUCUUCUCCGGCAUCGAGGAAAACGCUUCAUGCAAUUCCAAGAAGAUUUCUUGCUUUAUCUGGCUCCUGAAUUCUUUGCGUUGAGUGAAGAAAAGCAGACCUAUUUGUGACUGUCUUUAGAUGCCAAGUUUCGUAUUGAAUCAAGAGGACAAAAUAUUUUCUCAGUUAAGUCAAUGACUGUAGGGGUGUGCCAUGUUAUCUGAUAUUAAACCUAAAGCUACAUGUGCUGGAACUGUUAGGGAAAUGAGUCGUAGAUUAGAGCAGAAACGGAGGUCAACACCACAGCAAACCUCAGAUCCUGUGAAACAGAAGAUUCCACCACCCCGGGCUGAUACAAGUGCACAAUAUCGAGAUAUAUUUGGAUCAGGACAUUCAUUUGGCCAACCAUACAAUGGUCUGCAUAGAGAAUCAAGACAGCAUGGAAGCAUUGAUAAGGCGAUCCAAUUUAGGUAUUCCGAGAAUCACCAGACGACACAGCAGGGGAGUAAGACAUGUAAAGAUGAGGAGCUUGUUAAGCACAUGUCGAAAUUACCUAACUUUCUCCAGGAGGUAGAGAAAGAAAAGAGUGUCCAAGAAAAGGCAUUGAAUUUUGGAGUUCUUGAUUGGAACCGAUUACAGAAAUGGAAGUACAACGAUCGUAUGCCUGCAAAAUGCCACAGGAAAACUUCAUCAUUGAGCAAUAAUUCCUCGUUUAUGACAAGUGGACCACCUAAAAUUAGUUCACAGCUGAGAAAACAACUAACAUCACACAGUUUACAUCCUAUUUUAUCAUCACAGGGAAAGCAACCCUCGGCUCACAGUUCACAUUUCGGUUCAUCACCUUUGAGAAAACAAUUCCCAUCACAGAGUUCAUAUCUUAGUUCAUCUCAGGUGGAAAGAAAGACGGGAGGCAUUGGAGAGUCCACAGGAAAGGGCACAUAUAUCAAAGAUUUGCAAGCUCGACGUACCACCGCGGAUGGGCAGCAAUGCAAUUUCAAUCAGAAAGCUAAGUCUUUUGGAAGGGAUCAUUCUGAAAUAAAUAUGAACCGUGGCAAGAGUAACGAUUCGAUGAAAAAGAUAGUAUUGGAAAAGGAAGCUUUGGCCUUGGACCGGGGUAAAAAUGGGUCCUCCAUCUCUUCACCUAAAACAAUCAAUUUUCUGGAGGGGAAGAGUAAGAUGCGAUUCAAAGAUGAAGUCAACCUUACUACUCAGCAUAGCGUUGUGGAGGCCCAAAACAUUGUACUUCUGGUACCCAAACAUUUCCCAAAGACGAGUUGCUCAGACAUUUCUCAGUUUGCAGAAUCCAAGACUUUAGAUGGACAAUCGCCACAAGGAUAUUGGACCAGAUUUUCUGAUGGCUUUUCUCCUCAGGAGCUUCAAUCAGGAGAAUUUGCAUCUAACAUUCCACAUUCAUGUCCCUUGUCUACUAGUUCUAUUGUCGACACUGAGUCUAGUAUGGAGCCACCUAACUUGGUCAAUGCCGAGGUCGUGGACUCAGAAUUUUGCAUUAGUGCAGAUCCAGAUGAUAUAAUUGUCCCACCCAUAAAAUGUGAAGCAAAACGUUCAUUUUCAGUCGAUGCUUCCAAGGGAAUGCAUGCCGACGCGGAACAGAAAGCUGAGAAAGGAAGACAUCCAUCCCCUAAUCGCCGCUUCAGCUUUAGCCUUGGGAAGAUGACCAGAAGCUUUAGCUUUAAGGAGAGCUCAGCAGUUCCACAGUUGAGUUCUACAGAUACUGCUCCAAAGUCUGGCCCAGUUGGAUCUGAGUUUUCUUCUAGUAUGGAGAGCUACAACAAAGUCAAAGAGGCUGCUAGUAGCCGAGGGAGGUCCAGCCCUUUAAGAAGGUUACUGGAGCCGUUGCUGAAGUAUAAAGGAGCUCAUUCGGCUGAGAUUGUUCCUCAUUCAGAUGGAAACUCGCAUGACAUGCCCUCCAAGCCUAUGAACCUCAACAGACCAAUUCAAGACAGGAAGCAUGAGGCGUCUACUUUUCAGGCUCUUCUGCAGCUUUCAGUGAAGAAUGGACUCCCUUUUUUCAAACUUGCAGCUGAUAAUAGUAACAACAUGCUGGCUGCUACUGUGAAGAAGUUGCCAUCGUCCGGAAAGGGUGAUUGCAGCUUGAUUUGUACAUUCUACUCUGUUCAUGAAAUUAAGAAAAAGAGUAUGAGCUGGAUAAAUCAAGGAACAAAAGGUAAAAGUUGCGAACUUGGCUAUAAUAUCGUUGCCCAAAUGAAGAUUUCAAGCUCUUAUCUCCCUCAAUUAAAUUCUAAGGACUCUAGUCAAGGUGUGGUAAGAGAAUGUGUCUUGUAUGGUGUUGAUCUCGGCCAGGUGGAUAAAAAAACAUCUGAGAUUUUGUUUAAUAUGGAGAUUGCAGCAAUAGUUAUAAAGAACACCUGUGAGAGGCUAGAGGGUGAAGAUUUGAGCGACAAAGGCAGAACAUUCAAGUAUAGAGAGAUCACAAGGUGUCUCUCAGGAGAAGAUGGGAACCCCAAUAGCACAGUAGUAAUUCUUCCUGUUGGAAUUCAUGGCUUACCAAAUAAAGGUGCACCCUCACCAUUAAUUAACCGAUGGAAAUCUGGUGGAUCAUGUGAUUGUGGAGGCUGGGAUGUUGGUUGCAAGCUCCAAAUCCUCGCUAACCAUGAAAGAUGCAGCAAGAUUACAGGACCAUCUGCGCACAGCUUGGCAUCAGAUCGUCUUGAUCUUUUUGUUCAGUCUGGAGAGCGAGGGAGCAAGCCUAUUUUCAGCUUGAAACCAACAAGCAAUGGAUUUUACUCUGUUGAAUUCAAUGCUUCCAUUUCUUUGCUAGAGACAUUUUCUGUAUGCGUAGCCAUCUUAACUAAUCGAAAGCUAUCUGAAAUCUUAGACGUGAAUGAUCUGUCGGAAGCUGCUCGUUUAUCAGAAGGCACGAUUGGACAGGAUAAGGUGAAGUCACAAACCACACUUCAGGUGCCUGUAAAGUAUGUCACUUAUCCACCCUCCUCGCCAGUUGGAAGGAUCUAGGCAGGUGCAAGGGAUCCAGCUUCCGAGGCAGUUUUUGUGUGUAAGCUAUGGCAAAUUUUGGGAGCCUUCGUUUUACUCCUGAAAUGUGCAAACCUUAUGCAUCGGUUAUCAGGCUAACCAUCAAGGAGUAUCCACCUUAUAUACAAUAUAAUUUGGUCCAUGGAGCCUAAAAAGCUUCAACCAUGGCACCACAGUUAGCAGUGAGUUGGCCUAGUAGCUGACUUAAGUGUUUCUGUACAAAUCUUCAUCUUCUUUGACAUGUCUAGUUUAUUGAGCCUUUCUCUAAGGCAGUGCCCAGAUCACAAUAUUAAGACAUUGUUUUGAACAUCUGGGGCAGUAGGUCUUCCGCUCUAAGAGACGAUCUUCCUCAGCUAUAGAUAUUAAGUAAAUGUACUUUGAAAACAGUCUUGUGAUGGAGAAAUCUUGCACAAUAUCUGUAUUUUGUAAUAAUCGUUCUAGUUUGUAAAGUUAAAUUUCAUGUGGGAAAUAAUGAGAGUUUGAGAUAAGAAGCGAGCAUUUCCCUGAUUCA